AUGUCCGUGGUGAAACUCUCAAGUGGGUUUGAAAUGCCCAUUAUUGGAUUUGGUACCUACAGGAUGCAAGGCUAUGAUCUGCUGCAUAAGGCCAUAGAUGCAGCACUCAGGUCUGGCUAUCGCUCAUUUGAUACUGCAUCAGUAUACAGAAAUGAACAAGAUAUAGGCAAGAUUUUGAAGGAGCUCCUACCAAAAUACAACUUACAGAGGAAAGAUAUUUUUAUAACCAGCAAACUUGCACCAUAUGAGCAAGGCAAAGGAAAUGCAUUGAAAGCCUGUUUAGGCUCCAUAGAAAGACUGAACUGUGAUUAUUUGGAUUUAUACCUCAUACACUGGCCAGGUACAAGCAAACUUCAGCCUGGUGAUGUCAAACAGAAACAGUUUCGCAAAGAAAGCUGGUUAGAGCUGGAAGAAGCUCACAAACAGGGUAAAGUGAGAUCUCUAGGAGUGUCCAAUUAUUUGCCAAAGCACAUUGAAGAGCUACUGACCUACUGCCAUAUGAAACCUGCAGUUCUACAGACAGAGUUUCAUCCACAUCUUGACCAGUCUGCUGUAAAGAAAUGUUGCCAAGACCAUGGCAUUCACCUACAGGCCUACUCCUCCUUGGGCACAUCUGGGGCUGUCAACAGGGUAUUAUCAGAUCCGGUUGUUGCAGCCAUAGCUCAAGAGACAAAAAGGUCACCAGCACAAGUGUUGCUGCGAUGGGCAGUCCAACAGGGUGUAGGUGUCUUGCCCAUGUCAAGAAAUCCUGAACACAUUGCAGAAAACAUCGACAUUUUCUCCUUUUCGCUGACAGAACAACAAAUGAGCAGACUUUCUGCCUUAGACCAGCAAGCUCACUAUUGUUGGGACCCAACCGAAAUAGCGUGA